UUCGGGAGCUUAACUACCUAACACCGCCAACAAGAGCUCACGGAAAAAAAAAACAAGUUCUGCUCCGGCAGCAGGAAGAUCAGUGACGCGCUUUGAACUGGUUGGUUUUGUUCCGGGGUUUGGCUCUUCCUCCGACUCUUCGCCUGCAUCUACCUGCAAAGGACGGCAUUCUUUUUUUUUUUUUUUUCUUCCUAAUCGCCGCUCCAGAGGUCGACUGUCCUUCAGCAGCGGCAGGAAAGAGGAAGACCAGCCAACGGGGCGUCAAGAGCCCUCAUACAAUGAUGCCUCUUGUCUUGGGUUUCUGGCUCGGCGACCGCACCUGGGGGAAAAAGACCGGGUAAAUUCACAAACGUCAUGCCAUCGAAAUGCUUGAAGGAGAAGCAACACGGGGAAGAAAGAAAGAAAAUAAAGGAGGCGUGUGAUCCUGCAGGGGACUCGAAGCAGGAGGAUCCAGGAACAGAGAGUCCUCCAUCACCUGACUGUAGUGGCAAUGAGGAGGCGUCGUCAGGAGGUGGACUGGAGCACAUCCAGGGGGAGGAGAAAGGGAGCGCCGCAGACAGAACUAGAUUUUCCCACCUGUCUGCCAGCCAGGAGGGCCAGUUUGAAGAGUCAGUGUCGGCUGCAUGCAUAGUGGAGCGGCGCCACCGGAGGCCGAAGCCCAGGGACAAAUUCAGCUGCUCCCAGCGAGUCAGGGAGAGGCAGGGAGGGGAGCCCCGGGGCCCGGGGCCUUUCUACUUCUUCGGAGGAACUAAUGGAGCUGAAAUUGUGAGUCAAUGCUGUGAGAGCAGAGGCUGGAAGAGGAUUUACAACAAGCAGAGGGAGGACUUCAAGCUCAAGUGGUGUGAGACGAAAUCGCCAUCCAGCUACAGCAACUUCAGAGAAGGUGAACAACUGAUCUACCAGAUUCCCAACAACAAGGUGCUCACCACUAAGAUCGGCCUGCUCAGCAGCCUGCGGCAGUACGAGCGAGUCAGCAGCAAGGUCAGCCACGGGCAGGAGCUCAGGAGGUUAAAAAUGAACGAUUUCAUCCCCACAACUUUCCGCAUGGAUGUGAGAGAAGAGCGGGAGACUUUCUUUUCACAACAGGAGGGUUUGGGCUGUAUGUGGAUCUGCAAGCCCACGGGUCUGAACCAGGGCCGAGGGAUCUUCCUCCUGAGGAGCCAGGAGGACGUGGCCGCCUUCAGACUCAAGCUGCAGCGGAUGGAGGACCAGCAGGGCCGCCGGACGGUGCAGCACCGCCGGGCCCAGGCGCACGUCGUCCAGCAUUACAUCCAGAGGCCACUGCUGCUCAACGGGAAGAAGUUCGACGUGCGCUCGUACCUUCUGAUCGCCUGCACGGCGCCGUACAUGGUCUUCUUUUGUCACGGGUACGUGCGACUGACCUGCGACCCCUACGACCCCGACUCCAACGACCUGUCGUCCCAUCUGACCAACCAGUACAUGCAGAAGCAGAACCCUCUCUACAGCCUGCUGAAGGACGACACUGUGUGGUCCAUGGAGAGCUUCAACGCCUUCGUCAACCGCAGGUUCCAGGUUUCCAGGGGCCUGCCCAGGGACUGGGUGCUGGGCGCGUUCACCAGGCGCAUGCAGCAGAUCAUGAGCCAGUGUUUCUUUGCAGUCAAGUCGAAGUUGAUCUGCCGCCUGGGAUUCUUCGACCUGAUUGGCUGUGACUUCUUGGUGGACGAGGAUUUCAAGGUGUGGCUUCUGGAGAUGAACUGCAACCCGGCGCUUCACACCAACUGCCAGGUGCUGAAGGAGGUGGUUCCCCGCACUGUGGCGGAGGCACUGGAUUUAACUCUGGAAAUCUUCAACAAGUGUCGCCUCAGACAGAAAAUCCUUCCUUUGGCCAGCCAGAGAGAGUUUGUGCUGCUCUAUAAUGGAGCUUUGACCCCUCGCUCUGUGCCGGCCUGCAGAAAGAGCAAUGGAAACGCUGAGUUCCACCAAAAACCUGCCCAAAGGACACAAAAGACUGAAUCCAGAAGAUGCAGGUCUGCAACAGAGGGAGAGAGUGAUCAGACAUCCCCUGAUACUCCUGUGACUGUAUCAGAAAGUGGAGAAAGACAUAAAAGUCAGCCUUCCACCAUCACCUCGACUUCCUGUCUAAAAGUCUGCAGUAAAGAGACGGUCAGGACCACCAGGCCUCGGGUCCAACUCAAACUGAGUAAAUGUACGCUGCAUCACCAUCUAAAGACUGCAGGCGAGUCAAAACCGCCCAGGACUCAUCAGGAGACGAGGAUCCUCACGUCUCUGUCGUCGCCGGCCCUGAGCGAGCGGCGCUUCGUCUCUCCUGAGACACUGUUCCCCGAGGACGGGUUUAAAGGGGACACAAACGGCGCAGCGCACAAGACAGAAGAGGAAGUGUGAUAUCACACAUGCAAACAGCUGCCACGUAAAA